AUGGCUCCUGAGAAAAUGACCAACUGUAUUGUUUUGGACUCAAACUACGCUGAGCUGGUUCUAGAUGUGGGAAAAGUCACUUUGGGGGAGAAGAAGAGAAAAAAAAUGAGAGAUUCUCAACUGAGAAAAAAGCAGAAUGAAAACCUCUCAAAAUGUGUGAUUACUUUGCUGAAUUCUGGAGGGGGGAUGAGCAAGAUUGAAAUUGAGAAUGAAGAUUAUAGUUAUGAAAAAGAUGGAAUAGGAUUAGAUUUGGAACAUUCUUUAACCGAUAUGGUUCCAAUUGUUCAUAAAUACUUUGACUUUGUGAAACAAGGUAAAUAUUUUCUGAUUUUUGUCAAAUCGUGGAGCUCCAAAAUCCCUGGGAUGAAGAUCGCCACCUUGAGUUCCAAUUUGUACAAAAGAGAUAUAACCUCUGUAAAUGUCAUGAAUGCUACCGUGGCACUGGAAUUCCUUAAAGACAGGGUAGAAACUAGAGAGAGAUUUUCUUUAAUGUCGAAAUCAUCUUCAAAGAGGUGCCGAGAAGAAACAGAAGAAAGUAGCACAAAGGCCUUGGCUUCUGACUUUUUUAAUAGGACGCAACUCAGGUACAGAGAAAAACUCACCUUUACUGAAUCCACAUAUGUGGAAAUUAAAGACUUCUCAACACAAAAGCUGUUACAACGCAUUAAAGAGAUUCUCCCUCAAAACGUUUCUGCAUUUGCAAAUACUCGUGGGGGAUAUUUGUUUAUUGGUUUAAGUGAAGAAAAACAAGAAGUAAUUGGCUUUAAAGCAGAGAAGAGUGACCUUGACAAGUUAGAAAGAGAAAUAGAAAAAUGCAUCAGCAAGUUGCCUGUCUAUCACUUCUGUAUGGAGAAGAAGAAGAUAAAUUAUUUAUGCAAAUUCCUUGAGGUAUAUGAUGAAGAAAAUCUUUGUGGAUAUGUCUGUAUGCUUAAAAUAGAGCCAUUCUGUUGUGCAGUGUUUGCCAAAAAGCCGGAUUCCUGGCAUGUGAAAGACAAUCAAGUGAUGCAGCUGUCCGUGGAGGAGUGGGUGCAAUUAAUGAUGGAUCCUGAACCAGUGCCAUCAGAAAAGGUGACGUAUAUUCCAGAAAUCCUCUGCAAGAGACUGUUCUCACAACAUGAAGGACUUGCACAGUUAAUACGUAAAGAAAUGGGUUCUGUUCAUCAUGGUACAUUGAUCUUUUCUAAAAGUUGGUCUUCGGAUCUGGACUUGCAAGAGAACCAGAGUGUCAUCUGUGAUGCACUUCUAAUUUCCCAGGACCGUCCACCAGUCUUAUACACCUUUCUCAGGGAACUGAAUGAGGAACUAAAAGGUUAUUCUAUACAAACUGCCUUAACUUUAAAGAAGAAACUGGUAAAAAUUGGUGGCUACACUGGUAAAGUGUGUGUCAUGACAAAGAUCUACUGGAGUGAAGAAUCUUCUAUAUUAACUGAAGGCAGUGCAAGACUUCUUCAUGAUUCAAGCUUAUCUGCAAUUUACCCUAAGUCCUACACCCUUAUAACCAGUCAAACAAUGAACGACUUAAAGAAGGCCCUUUUUAUAGUCUUGAAGAGACUUGGAACUUUGAGUGAUAAAUUUGAUUCUGAGAUUUUUCAACAUCUCUUGAGCAAUCAGCAUGGAUUACUUUCUGAGGAAUGA